AUGUAGAAUUUGCCAAAUCCAGAGAUGUUCUUCUUGCCAGAGAGAGACAGUUAGUUGAAACCCACGCAAAAGGAAACCGUCCACAGGCAUGCAGAUCUCUAACCGAGGAGGAAGAAGAGUUGUUGUUUGACAAAGGCUUGUUCGGAGACCACGAACCUGAGACCCUUCAACGAACUGUCUGGUGGACGCUGUCAUUUCAUUUUGGCUUUAGAGCACGAGACGAGUCCAGGAAAUUAAAGUGGGGAGAUGUUGAUUUGGGAUUUGAAGAAGAAUCUGGCCAAGAAAUCCUCGUAUGGAAAGCCGAGCGGGGCUCGAAAACACGGCAUAGAGAAGGACACCAAAGGGCAUUUUAUCCAACAGCACAAGCAACAAAUAACCGUCGCUGCCCUGUUAAUUUGUACAAAGUCUUCGCCAGUCAUCGCCCAGACACCUCCAAAACCCCAGACUCUCCGUUUUUCCUCACAGUUAAUGAUAAGAGAAAGGAAGACUCGCAGGUGUGGUACACCAAAGGUCCACUUGGGAAGAACUCCAUUGGGAUGUUUCUUAUGAAAGCCGCGAAAGCUGCAGGUCUCUCGGGAAAGAUAACCAACCACUCCGUGCGAAAAACUUGUAUUUCUCGUCUCAUGGACGCUGAUGUUCCCACAAAUGUUGUAGCACAGUUGAGCGGGCAUAAAAAUCUAAAAAGUCUCGACGCUUACAAGACGGCUUCGGUCACACACCAACGACAAAUGUCAAGAAUCCUCAGUUUCUCUGCCUCUGAUCGGCCAACACCUAGUGCAUUAAGCCCGUUGCAAACAUUGGAGGUUUGGUCCGUUUCUCACAGCCAAACAAGCAACUCUGCGUGGCUUAAUUCAACCGAAACAGUGUCCAAAACAACCGGACUGUUCUCGGGUGCGAGGAUCGAUGGCUGCACAUUUAACUUCAACUUUGGUUCUAAUGAUUGGUCGAAUGCCUCGAAGCAGACCAAAAAAAUGAUUCAGAUUCUGAUUAGAUCUAUGUUAUUUAACAACAGGAACUUGAAGAAAACACGAUCAGUGAUUUUUAAAUUUUAG